AUGGCAAAACUCAUUGAUGGAAUCGACCUUUGCUACAACGCUUGGCAUGACAGUCAUCGUGUUAUCACCCAUUCGAUGUCAGAUUUUACUAACGCUGUUGUUUAUGCAUUCAGUAUUUAUACAACAAUUGGGUACGGUAACAUGGCUGCUGACACGACUGGCUGUCGUAUAGCGACAAUUGUCUAUGGUGUCUUUGGUAUACCGUUAUUUUUUGCGUCAGUCAAGGAGGCCGGCAAUAUGUUUCGUCUUGGAUUUAUCUCUCUGUACAAAUAUAUCAGAAAGUUAAGAAGAAGGAAAUUUCUACUGAGUAAAGGUACAAAGCGAAACAAAUCAUCAGGUAAUAAUAAAUCAGAGCAAAUUCUGAAUCAUACAGUUGCGAUAUUUGUUGAAAGAGCUCAAGAACUAGUUGUUCAUAAAAACAGCUUUGAAAGACAAUUCAGUUUGGGUUCACUGCCGUCUACGAAAAGUCGUAAUAUCACUUUUACCGAGCAGCGACGGCAAAAUUUAUUUGCUGAAAACGAAAUCAUUAUUGCUGCCGAACUGUGUCGCUGUUGUUGUUUAGGGUUUGGAGAUGUAUUCCCCCGAGAACCAUGGAUUGUGCUUCUGCAUUCGCCAUUGAUUGUUAUGGGUGUUGUACUAUUUUCAAUGUGUUAUUUCAUAUUGCAAGAAGAAAUUCGAGAAAAGGCAUUUGAAGCAUCUAGAAAAGCAAGAAUGAGUAUCAGUAAGUAUUCGCAUACGCUAAUGACCCGGAAUCCAUGGUCUCGACGGAACUCACCGGCAUUCGAUAGCGGUGGGCCAAGUCCAGAUUCUACGGCAUUUCAACGGCAACGAAAGCGACGGCAAAGUGCACCAAACGUUUUGACAGUUCCAACAUUAAAUUUACCUGGGUGUACUCGUUGA